UAAAUAUUUAAUAAUACAUAUUUUAAUUGGAAUAAUAAAGAGAACAUAUAAAAACUGACGGAUUUCAAUUAACGAAAGGACCAAAUUGUAUUAAGAAACAUGUUGGUAUUUCUGCAUUACAGUCAAUACUUUUCAGGAAAUAAUUCAGAUUGGUCACACUCUUGAAGGAGAGUAUUCGGGGAAUUCAUUCCAUGAGCAAUUGUAGACGAAAGUUGCGCAACCAAGCCAACCAAAGAUAUUUCAACCAAUCAGCUGCAACAAGGGGAGUCUUAGCACAAUUUAUACCAAUCAUAUAUCCCUGCGUGUCUAGAUUAUUUAAGUGCUGAAGUCCUAUGAAGCGCCCAGUUAACCGGUGACGGUGAUAAGACUGACAGAAAUAUUUUGUGAUUUGCAAGAAGAGUACGUAACCGUUUGUUGGAUUUUGCUUUGUUUAUUAGAUCAGAUUAAAAAAGGAGUCACAGAAAUGACCGACUUUGGCGGACCAGGUCCUUCACGACAAGGGCGUGGAGGCAACGAGAAUAAACGUCCAUGGCGGAACAGGUCUCACGACGGCAGGGGACGAGGUGCAGCGCGCGGUGGCCGUGGCCGUGGUACUGGCGCGGCGCGAGGGCAAGUCAACGCUGGCCCUGGAAUUCUCGGGGAAAGGCCUACUCUUAUUUCAGCAACACCUGAACAACAAAAUAUGCUUCAGCAAAUCGUGAAUACGGACGGAUCUCACGGCCACUCAAAGAAUAAUAAUGCUCGCUCCAACCACAAAAACGACAAGGGCCGUGGUAAAAGGGACAGGCCCAUGGGCUUUAAAAUGCUAGAGGAAAUAUCUAAAUCUGAUAGUGUCGACAUAAUUGAAAAGAUUAACCAACAGAAAGCGUACUUCACCCUUUUAUUAAAUACACCUGUCGACAAGAAGAAAAGCGACAUAUUCUUUUUGGUCCUUGAACUCAUUACAAACGUUUGGAAAACUUCCUUCGAGGAAUCUAAGAAGUUGCUUCUCCUGGAUCUAUGCAACACUAAGUUUAUCGACCACUUGCAACUGUACUUGAUGCAGUUACCGUACACCUUGAGCAGGGAGGACAAGUAUUUCAACAAGUACUACUGGACUAGAGAGAAGGAAUUUUGGAGUCAUUUUAUGCAUUUUUGCGAGUGUCUUAUAAACGUGUCGCCGGCGACGGCGGUGCACAAGUGCGGGGCGCUGAUCGAGGCUACGAGCAAGAGCUGUCUGGAGGGCUUGAAGGAGAAGCAAGGAUUCGAGUUGCCAGAGGAAUACACGGCAAGAAUGACGAAAGUUCGGGAAAGUCUAAAAGUCUGCGAUCAGGUACAGAUUCAAAAUCAGAGGAGAUCAGAAGGGAUUGAAGAGGUCGGUGAGCCGCUCGAGAGCUUCCGUGAGCUGAGCGUGCUGCCGUCGGGUACGGAGCUGCUGGAGCGGCGGCCCUUUCUACGGCCCAACGUCGUGGAGGGCGCGUAUGCGGAUGUGGAGCACUACCUAGACGUGCAGUUUCGGCUGCUGCGGGAGGACUGCUUCGGACCGCUGAGAGAAGGAAUACAUCAAUACAUCGAAGAUCCCAGGAGAAGGAAAUAUGAUAACAUACGCGUCUAUCGAAACGUGAAAUUUUUAGAACCAUACGCUUCUAAGCAAAAAAUUGGUUCUAUCGUGUUACUCGAUGAAAACACUAUGAAGAUGUUCAAGAGAGUGAACUGGGCGCAUAGCAAACGGUUCCUGUUUGGUUCCUUGGUGGUCUUCACCAAGGACAAUUGCAAAAGCUUUCUCGUGGGAACCAUUUUGGAACGUGAUGAAAAAUUCUUGAACAAAAGACAGUUACCAGUCAAUAUUGUAAAUUCAGCAAUGGACUCCAACUUAUACAACGACGAUCCAUACAUAAUGAUAGAGUGCGAAGUUUACUUCGAGCCAUACUAUCACGUGCUAAAAGCGCUUCAGGACCCCGGCUUCCCGGAACACUUGGCUAUGAGCAAAUACAUUGUCGAUGUUGAAAAAGUCCCUGAAAAACCAGCAUACCUCACUCCUGGAACCAUUUAUGAAAUUCAAAAUAAAGACCUCGAAGACGUAAAAUUCAUUGUUUUGGAAGAUCACAGCUGGCCCUUGCAAACUGAGCUGAGCUUGAAUAAUACCCAGUAUGAAGCGUAUAAACUGGCGCUCACACACGAGUUCGCCGUGAUUCAGGGCCCGCCGGGCACCGGCAAAACCUACCUCGGUGUCAAAGUCGCGGAAACUCUACUCAAAUACGCACCAUUUCCUAAAAUCAGAUGUUGCAUGCUUGUCAUAUGCUACACUAAUCACGCCCUUGAUCAAUUUCUCGAGGCUCUUUUACCUAUCACCGAGUCUUUGGCACGCAUUGGUGGUAGAUCGAGAAACGAAGCCUUGAAUCGGUUUAAUAUUAAUAAUUUGAGACGUAAAGACAAUAGCAGUUAUUAUCAUGAAAGGAGAAUUGAAUUAAAAGAGCAGAUCAGUGCAUUAGAUCACGCACAAGCUCGUGUCGAUGCCUUGAACUCUGGAGUCUUGAGUUACAAAAGUAUUGUAGCAUACAACGAAGAGUGUAAAAUACUUGAAAACUUGUAUAGAGGGAGACAGAUAAAAGAUGUUUUAAAACAUUGGCUUUUUGAAAAUGUGGAUGAUGUUCAAAUUGAUCCUACAUUAUUAGAACAAGGUGAAAUUGAACAGCCCAAUGAACCCAUAAAUUACAACGUAGAUGUCGACGACGAUAUCUUUGCUAGGGAUGAAAUCGAUUACGAUGAUUUGUAUGACGAUGGUUUUCCGGGAGAAAAACCAGGCUAUGACUCCGUUACUACGUCUUUCUCGUUGCUUGACAAAGAGGAGGAAAUAAAAUCUCUAUUGCGAAGGUUUCAAGAUCUACAAAACAACGGUAGUUCGCGAUAUGAAUUAAGAGAAUUAGAAAACGAGAUAUGUCAUGUGUAUUCAGAAGUGAAACUUUUCAAGGAUAUGUUGGAACACCGGUCCCGAGCUCCAAGGAUUCGCCUAACCAAUGCACUAGAUUUAACUACUGUUCCCCGUGUAGAGCGUUGGUCAUUGUACUUUAAAUGGGCCAACGUAGCCAUGGAGGACGUGAAGAAAAAAAUUAAACAAAUCGAGGAGAGGUUGCGCUCUGUCGCAGUGGCCUAUGAAGAGGCCAGGAUGAUGGUCGACCUGUCCGUACUGAAGAGAACUAGAGUCAUCGGAAUGACCACGAGUGGGGCAGCGAGACUGCGCAAGUUGUUAGCGGAAAUAGCACCUCCAAUAGUGGUGGUAGAGGAAGCUGCAGAAGUCCUGGAGUCGCAUAUAGUAACGUCUCUUACAAAAAGUUGCCAGCACUUGAUUCUCAUAGGUGACCACCAGCAGCUGCGGCCGUCGGCGGCGUACAUGCGGCUGGCGCGGCACUACCAGCUCGAGGUGUCGCUGUUCGAGCGCAUGAUCCGCAACGGCGUGCACAGCCGCCGGCUCGGCGUGCAGCACCGCAUGCGGCCCGAGAUCGCCGCGCUCGUUUCGCCGCACAUCUACCCCGACUUGCAGAACCACCGCUCCGUCGAGGACUUCCCGCCCGUGCGCGGUGUCGCGCACAAUCUUUUCUUCUUUUCGCAUGACUACAAAGAACAGUGCGAAGACGAUAGUUCAAGUCGUACAAACACCCAAGAAGCUGACUUGGUGCUCAGUCUGGCAAAUUACUUGAUGCAGCAAGACUACAAACCCGAAGAAGUCACCAUUCUUGCCGCCUACUCCGGCCAAUUGUUCUACAUGCGAAAACAACGACUACUGUACAAUCAUCUGUCAAACGUGAAGAUCACAGUCCUGGACAACUACCAGGGCGAGGAGUCGAAGAUAAUACUGCUGUCGCUGGUUCGCAACAACGACAACGACAGAAUCGGCUUCCUGGGCACCGAGAACAGGAUCUGCGUCGCCUUGUCCAGGGCUAGAGAAGGUUUCUUUUUAUUUGGAAACAUCGAUUUACUCAAGAGGAAAUCAGAACUAUGGACGAAAAUUGCAGCUACAUUGGAGAAAAAUGGAUCUCUUGGAACAAGUUUGAAGCUAAAAUGUGAUAAUCACAACGGACAAAUUACUACGAUAAAGUCAGUGAGUGAUUUCGUAAAAGUUCCCGAAGGCGGUUGUCUAUUGGAUUGUAAAUACAACUUACCGUGUGGGCAUGCUUGCCCUCGUGUUUGCCACGCAUAUGACUUGGUACAUGCGAAAAUACAAUGCACCAAGGAUUGUGAAAGGAAAAUCUGCCAAAUCGAAGGACACAAAUGCCCGUUCAAAUGCGCCAAAGAGUGCCAGCCGUGCAAGCGGCUCGUGGAGAAGUCGCUUCCUUGCGGCCACAUUAAAGCAGUUGCGUGCUUCAAGGAGCCUGGCGAUCCAUCUAUACAGUGUACAGCGCCGGUCGAUGUCACUUUACCUGAUUGCGGACACCAAGCAACGAAAGAGUGUUACAUGAAGACAUCCGAUGUCAAAUGCCAAGACAAGUGCCCCAACAGCAGACUCAAGUGCGGGCACGCGUGCCGCAGGACGUGUCACGUCAAUGAUGACCCGGACCACGUGCGGUACACUUGCCUGAAGGCGUGCCCGAAGGCGAAGAAAGGCUGCACGGCUAACUUGGAAGGGGACCUCGGCGAACACAAAUGUCUACGUUCAUGUUUCGAAGAGUGUGUUGAAUGCAAUGUCCAGGUUAUCAAGAAGAGGUCUGGUUGUACACACUCGAAGAGAGUGGCUUGUCACGAAGAUGUGAACGCGAAGCAGUGCCGAGAGAAGUGCGCGCGCUCACUGCCUUGCGGCCACUUCUGCAAGAAGCUGUGCUUCGAGAAAUGCGGGGAUUGCAAGCAGAAGACGAAAAAACCCAUCCCAGGCUGCAACCACGAAAUAGUAAUCGAAUGCGGAACAGAGCCAACCCGAGACCUGUGCAGACUGAAAUGCGAACGUGUAAUGGCGUGUGGACACGCCUGUCAAGCGCCGUGCGGCGAGCCGUGUGAUAUGUCCAAGUGUACAGAAAUCACUCCGCGCAGUUUCCCGUCGCCUUGUGGCCAUAACGUGCAGCUGCCUUGUAACGUGUCGCGGCAAGCCUCACAGACAGGAUCUGUAUCAGUGGAGAUGCUGCUCUCUCAGUGUGCGGCGCUUUGCGGUGCCCUGCUCCGCUGCGGGCACGCAUGCGGCGGCUCGUGCUCCGGCUGCCGCCAGGGCCGCCUGCACCGGCCCUGCGCCGCGCGCUGCCACCAGCUCAACAUCUGCGGACACAGAUGCGAGGAGCCAUGCAACCAGGUGUGCCCGCCGUGCCGCCGCAAGUGCGAGGUUAAAUGCCCGCACUCACCCUGCUCCAACCUGUGCGGCGCGCCCUGCACUAUGUGCUCGACACCGUGCAUCCGCUCGUGUGUGCACUCCGUAUGCGUGCACGCAUGCGGCGCGCCGUGCUCGCGCGCACCUUGUUCGGAAGCGUGUGCGCUCGCGCUGGCGUGCGGCCACGCGUGCCGCGGGCUCUGCGGCGAGCCCUGCCCGCCGGCCUGCCGCCUCUGCGACCCCGACGGCUUCCCCACCGACCUGCUUGGCGAUCCCUAUGAAGAUGACGCUAAAUUAAUUCAGCUACAGGAUUGUCCUCACAUUUUUGAUGUCGACACCUUGGAUACUUUAAUGAACAGCAAGGAUGAUACUGUUCAACUCAAGGCAUGCCCUUGGUGCCGUCAACCUAUUGUCAAUACGUAUCGGUACAAAGACUUGAUUAAUAAAUUACUGAAAAACGACAUCAAUCCAAUUAAAGCAAAGGUGUAUGGGACGGACGCCCAGAGAAAAACGAAGAAAUUGGAAAUGCUUCAUAAAGUAAUGGAACUAGCCGCCGCACAUAAGAGAACUUUCUUAGCAAGUAAAGAAUGGAGCAAUGCCUUACAUGUGAUGGUUAAGAUCAUUAAACGCGCGCAAAAUGACAGAAAAAUAUCACUUCUGCAGUUGGAAAUGAACGAUAUAUACAUGAACUUCUUAGAUACUGUCGGGCAAUAUUAUAUGAAGUACAAAGAUGCACAUUUAUCACAACUGGAAAUGGAAAUGACAACUCAAGUGAAACUGCUUUGCAACGUACUCACUACUAAUUCACACAAGAUCAGUGAGCAACAACAACUGGACAUAGAUAAUGAGCUUAAGCGUAUGAAUUCCAUGAUCCAAUUAGCUAAGAUAUUAAGUCACGAAAGCUACAAAUCUUCGAAGACUAACGAGAUUGUGAUGAAUGCCACUGCUGCUGCAAACGACGCUGUUCUGAGUUGGCGCGUAUUUGACGAAAGUAUGGGAGUGGAAUGCUUAAAGAAACUUGAAAAUGCGGUGAAGUUGUCGGGCAUAGCUAGCAGGGAGGAGCGCGCGAUGAUAGUGAGAGCGAUAGGGCUGAGGGCGGGGCACUGGUACAAGUGUCCCAACGGGCACUUCUACUGCAUUGGCGACUGCGGCGGCGCCAUGGAGCUUUCUAGGUGUCCGGACUGCGGCGCGGCGAUCGGCGGCCAGCAGCAUCGGCUGACGGCGGGCAACCAGCACGCCAGGGAGAUGGACGGCUCGCAGUACGCUGCCUGGUCCGAGGAAGCCAACAAUAUGGCGAAUUUCAAUUUUGAUUAGGAUAAGUUUUCACUGUCUAAAACGGCAUGCUGCAUGCUGAAAUGUCGGCUAUUAUUAACCAUGUCAUUAUGAUAAGUAACAAGAACAAAGAGUACCUACCUAAAUUUACUGGAGCUACCUACCUAUAUGUUAACAUUUAAAUUACUAAUGAUUAUUAAAACAAAAUUGCAAAAAACAUGAACAAUUAUAAUGGUGUGGUACCUAUAACCUAGGCCAGGAAUAUAAGGACCUAUUUACGAGUAGGAUGUAACAACAGCCCAAUCAACCUUUGUGCAUUUCGAUCCCCGAUAGACGUGGUGUUCAAAGGGUUACUUAUAGAUGAAUACCCACUAAGAAAUAUGGGUUUUUAGGGUUCCGUAGUCCCUAGGAACCCUUAUAGUUUCGCCAUGUCCGUCUGUCUGUCCGAGUCAGGGCUUAGUUAGGGCUAGAAAGAUGAAAUUUGGCAUGGACAUAUAAAUCAAUAAAGCCGACAAAGUCGUACCAUAAAAUCUAAAAAUUCAAUUUUUUUUUAGGGCGCCUCCCCUACACGUAAAGUGGGGGUGAAUUUUUUUUUGCUUCCACCCUACAGUGUGGGGUAUUGUUGGAAAAGUCUUAAUUAAUAGAGGUCUUCAACAGACAUUUUUUGAUAAUGUUGAAUAUAUUCGGAGGUAAUCACUCCGAAAGAAAAAAAAUGUGUCACCUUCCUCUAACUUUUGAACCAUAGGUCCAAAAAAUAUAAAAAAAAAUCGUGGAAGUAGAGCUUAAGAAAGACAUUAAAUGAAAACUAUAGCGGACAUGGUCAGUUUAGCUGUUUUUGAGUUAUCCCAAAGUAUCCCCUUCAUAGUUAAAAGACGUACGUCCACAGUUAAAUGUUAUUACGACAUUAAAUGGGUUGUUAAAGUUAUUUGGCAUUAUUCAUGUAAAAAUUUGCUUUAAUUUGUCUAAAACAGUUUCAUUGGCUGUAUGAGUAAAGCCGUUGACUAUUGGCAGUUUUAGAACGAAAGAGUAAAAAUUAGAAAGUAAUCCCGCUAAUUUUAUAUUCUUAUUCGUUUACUGCACUUAUGUACGAUGCAUUAUGUCUAGGACUUAUUGUUAUACUUUACUUUUUCAUGCUUUAAUGAACCAAAUCAUUUUAAAAUUACUGCACUUUGCUAAUAUAUGUGUUUUAUAAAUCUAUAUAGCAAUUUAAAUGUUUUUCGCUAUGGGAUAUUUAUCUUUAGACAUGCAAAGUCUCUGAUUGCAAGUAAGUCUGUUACUUUAAUUAGGUAUUGAUAAUGCAAAUUUGCCUAUUUGUUUAACUCGGGUGAAAGGUACCGUUUCAUCCCUUGGUUAACAAUCUACUAUACUUUAAGCUCCAGUUUGGCUUAUUUUGACGGAAGAGUAACUACGGAACCCUAGACUGAGCAUGGCCCGACAUGCUCUUGACGGUUUUUUGUUUCAUGGCGUGAUAGAUACGACCCAGCAGUGGUACCUUAUUUUUAAUGAAUUAUUAAAAAAACGAUUAUUAAAAAAAUCUUGAGUAUCGUUAUCAUGUGUAUAUGAUUCAAAAUAAAUGUUUAUCUGCUUAAAAUUAUGUGACUUAUGUGAGGGGUAGUAAGCCCUUGCUUUGUAUGUCUUAUGUUACAUUAAAUAAAUUGUAUUUUUAAAAUCACAUUAUAAUUAAAUAUGAUUAAUAAUUUUAUUUCAUUGAUAAACAUAAGUAUGACAUUUUAAUGCUUAAAGGAAAAAAGUGGUUGUGACAUAAUCGGACAGACAGACGGACAUGACGAAUCUAUAAGGGUUCCGUUUUUUGCCAUUUGGCUACGGAACCCUAAAAAUCAUUGUAGUGGGCGAAUUUUUACUAUUAUUUCUGGACAUUUUUAUCGAUUGUUCGUUAGCAGACGUCUCUGCUUGAUUAUCAAUUAAUGAAUGUAAAUAAAUUUUAACUAACUUGUAGAUCUGUUGUUUAGUUUCUGCAUUUUCACAUUUAGUAUCUAUGAACCUAAGUUUUAUUAAAUAAAAUUAUCUUUCCCGA